UAAAUAAUAGAUUAUUACUAAUUACUAAAAGAAAAUUAAAACCCUAAAGAGGAUGAAGUUAGGUCUAAUCAAACAAAUAUAAAAACCCCCAAUCCUAGCUUCGUCUGCAUUUCCCUGCAAGUUUCAAUCUUUCGAAUCUCUCUCGUUGCCAGGCUAGCGAUCCCUUGCAAAGGUUACUGUGUCAUCUGCUGAGCUUAGAACAAAAUCUUUAAUGGGAACUGAAGAGACAAAGGACCCGUUGAAAGGGGUUGACUGGAAAGCAAUUGGUAGUGAGUUGCAGAAGGACCCCAGUGCCGGUAGUAAACCAGUUAUAAAGAAGCGACUUCCUAAGAAGAUUAGACAAAUUCCAGAAUGUUAUUUCCUUCCUCGAAUGUCCACACCCUCUACUAUUGCCUUCUAUGGAGCCUGUAUUGCUGGUGGAAUUGGUGCUGGGAUGCUGCUGGAGGCCUGGAUAAACAAGAAGAUUAAAGAGGAUGGAGGUAUAAUAUGGGAGUUUGACAAAUAGGGCUUGAUAUCAUUACAAGAGUUUCCCAUCGUUCCCCUGAUGAGAUAGUUUCAACAUGGGAGUCAUGUUGCCAGAAUUUUGAUUUGUUUAUGGCUGAAACACAAUGCUCUUCUCUUUACUUUGGCUUCAGUUUGAA